GACUUUCACAACGCCAAUAAAAUCUCAGCUGUAGGUCAUCAUGGCGGAAUAUCGCCAAGUUGUGCCGAGAGAUGACUAUCACUACAAAAGUAAAGGCGUGACACUCUUCCAGGGCGGUGGAAUCCUUUCAGGAUUCCUAACAGUUCGAGUCUUAAUGUAUAAACUUCCAAAAAUUCCUCCCAGUCCCCUCCUUUACUUCCUUCCCUUGUCUGGAGCUAUUGGUUACGGAAUAGGCAGUGUUUUGGACAAGUUGUCAGAAACUCGUGCAAUGAAGACGCAGUUGGCCCUUGAAGAUUACAAAGACCAACAUCCGGACGACUUUAACUUAGCACCUAAACCCCAGUACAAAGAUCUUCUAAUGCCAUGGAGUCCAGUUCGAUAAAAGACAACAGUCGAACAUCAUGAACUGGUGACUUUUGAGUGAUUUAAAAAGUAGGGUUGUUUGUUAGAAGUGUUUUUAACAAUAAGCUACCUUCCUCUCUGUGUAACUGUUCAAUUAUCCAACAAUGUGCAGGUGUGUUUUUUUAAUAAAUAUAUGUUUGAAAAUUAAAUGCUUAAACAGC